AUGACCUAUGACGAAAGUGAGGAUCGGGGAGAGGUGGUGCCGGAGCUGAUUUUGAGAAUUGGGGGUGAAGAUGACAAAAGGGACUAUGUGAAGUUGAGUGGUGAUCAUGGCGAUUGCGGACCGGCAGAGGGGGUUGAGGGGCCGGUGGAGCCCUCUUCCCCGAAAAAGUUAGCGUCUUUGUGGUAUUGGGUUCGGUUGGUAUUGUUGGUCAUGUGCUUGGGUUUGUUGGCUGGGGUUUUUGUCAAAUGGGUUGGACCUUUCUUCAUGGAUAAGGAGAUUAUUCCAAUUAUAACCUGGGAGACAAAGACAUUCAGUACUCCAGUGCUUGCAGUUCUUGUCUUUGCUUCUGUUGCAUUAUUUCCCACCCUACUUUUACCAUCGUCACCUUCUAUGUGGGUGGCUGGUAUGACUUUUGGUUAUGGCUAUGGAUUUCUUCUAAUCAUGUCAGCAGCAACUGUGGGUGUAUCUCUUCCAUUUUUCAUUGGCUCUCUCUUCUAUCAUAAAAUUCAAGGAUGGUUAGAAAAAUACCCAAAGAGAGCGUCUGUUCUAAGAUCAGCUGGUGAAGGAAACUGGUUUAAUCAGUUUCGAGCUGUAACAUUAAUCAGGAUUUCUCCAUUCCCCUACAUUAUUUAUAACUACUGUGCUGUGGCAACAAAUGUAAAGUAUGUUCCUUAUCUCUUGGGGUCCUUGGUGGGAAUGGUGCCAGAAACAUUUGUUGCCAUCUACACUGGGAUCCUAAUACGGACAUUGGCAGAUGCUUCACAUGAGCACCAUGGUCUUUCUGCCCCACAAAUAAUCUUCACUGUUGUUGGCUUCUCUUUGACUGUGGCCACCACAAUUUUCUUCACAGUGUAUGCUAAAAGGCAACUCAAGGAAUUACAAAAGGAUGAUGAACCACUAUUGCAAUAA